CCCUUGGAUCCGAUCCAUCCGCUGUAGUCAGUGUGACUGGGGAGGGCGCUACUGGUCUCAUCAUAACAAGCUCAGGACAUGAAGAGGAUGUUUGCUGGACGUCUCUAGAGCACAGCCAUGGAGAGCUCCGGAUAAAUGGGGUCCAUUGUGGAAAUCAGGCAGAGAGAAGAGAAAUGAGGCAAGCCUCGGCUGACAUAAAACCAGCUCCCAUUCUGUAAGGAACCGACCAAAGAGUUGAUGCAACUGCUCACCUCCAGCCAUGUGAAACUUCGCAGUAUGCUGAUAACCUGGAGAUAAGCCAUUACCUACACUGUGGAGACCAUUUGGCUGUGAUUCAAAAUGUCUGCAAUUGUCAAAACACAAACAUCCUACCCACUGCUGCAUAGAUUGUCUGUAAGAACCAUUGAUGAAGAUAUAGAAAGAAUUGAAAAUGGAGCAAGCAGGGCUCAUUCAAUCUGUGAAGACACAUCAUCUGAACUACAGCGUGUUAUUGCAUUGGAUCCAAGAGGCCUUACGGAAUCCCGCAGGAGUUCAUUUGCAGGAAGAGGAGGAAUGGCCAGGUUGUCCAGAUUUCUUCUCACAGUACAGAACUGGGCAAUGAGACACCUUGCCCAGGAAGAUCAGCGGCCAGAUUCUUUCUUGGAGCGGUUUAGAGGUCCCGAGCUUAAAGAAGCGUCAAGCAGGAACAGCAACACUCAUUCCGUUCUAGGAAACCAAGAACGGAUAGAGAAAGCAAACAGCCAUUGGACUCUUGCAAGUUUCAAUGUCAACAACAGCAACAACACAGAUGACACAAAGAAAGAACAGAAUAAUGCCAACGAGAACAAAGAGCAAAAACAAGAGGAUAAAAAAGAUAAUAAUGCCAACGAGAAAAAAGAGCAAAAACAAGAGGACAAAAAAGACGCAAAAAAGGACGAUAAAAAAGAAGAAGAGAAAAAGAAGGAAAUAUUUGUGAUUGACCCAGCAAGCAACUUCUACUACCGAUGGCUAUCCAUCAUCUCAAUACCUGUGCUUUAUAACUGGUGCUUUCUAGUGUGCAGGGCUUGCUUUAAUGAACUGCAGAGAAACCACGUGAUCUUGUGGCUGGUUCUGGACUAUACUGCGGAUCUUGUGUACAUUACAGACACAUUAGUGAGAUUCAGAACAGGUUUCCUUGAGCAAGGCUUGCUUGUGAAAGAUGCCAAGAAGUUAAGAGAAUACUACAGAAAGACCUUGCAGUUUAAGCUUGAUAUGUUGUCACUGGUGCCAACAGAUCUUGGCUACUUAAAGCUGGGGAUCAAUUUCCCAGAGCUACGGUUUAACCGUCUUCUGAGGUUUUCCAGGAUGUUUGAGUAUUUUGACCGUACCGAAACCAGGACCAAUUAUCCAAAUAUUUUUCGCAUAGGGAAUCUUGUCCUCUACAUUCUUAUUAUUAUACACUGGAAUGCCUGCAUCUACUUUGCAAUAUCUAAAGCCAUUGGUUUUGGAACAGACACUUGGGUCUAUCCUAAUAUUUCUCACCCAGAAUAUGGACGUAUGGCAAGAAAAUACAUUUAUUGUCUUUACUGGUCAACCCUGACUCUUACCACUAUUGGAGAGACACCACCACCAGUGAAAGAUAUAGAAUUCCUCUUUGUAGUGUUUGAUUUUCUAAUUGGCGUGUUGAUAUUUGCAACAAUUGUCGGUAAUGUAGGCUCUAUGAUUUCAAAUAUGAAUGCAUCCAGGGCAGAGUUUCAGUCUAAGAUUGACUCUAUCAAGCAAUAUAUGCAAUUCCGUAAUGUAUCUAAAGAUCUAGAAGCAAGGGUGAUCAAGUGGUUUGAUUAUCUCUGGACAAAUAAGAAAACAAUGGAUGAAAAAGAGGUCCUAAAGAGCCUUCCAGACAAGUUAAAAGCUGAAAUUGCAAUCAAUGUUCAUUUAGAUACUUUGAAGAAGGUGAGAAUCUUUCAGGACUGUGAAGCAGGACUGUUGGUGGAAUUAGUCCUAAAGCUGAGGCCUCAGGUGUUUAGUCCCGGAGACUAUAUUUGUAGAAAAGGGGACAUUGGACGUGAAAUGUACAUCAUUAAAGAAGGUAAACUGGCAGUUGUAGCAGAUGAUGGUAUAACUCAGUUUGUGGUACUCAGCGAUGGCAGUUAUUUUGGAGAAAUUAGCAUCCUCAACAUCAAAGGGAGCAAAACCGGGAACAGAAGGACAGCAAACAUCAGAAGCAUUGGUUAUUCUGAUUUAUUCUGUUUAUCUAAGGAUGAUUUAAUGGAGGCCCUCACUGAGUACCCAGAUGCUAAAACAGCUUUAGAGGAAAAAGGACAACAAAUCCUUAUGAAAGAUGGCCUUAUAGAUGAAGAAGCAGCAAAGGCAGGAGCAGACGCGAAGGACCUAGAUGAAAAGAUUGAGAAGAUGGAAACAGCAUUUGAUAGCUUGCAGACUCGAUUUGCCAGAUUAUUAGCUGACUACAACUCCACACAAUUAAAACUGAAGCAAAGGAUCACUAAAAUUGAAACACAAGUAAAGAAAUACAACAAUGACUGCAUGUCUGAAGGGCCCGAGAGUGCCCCAGAAACAGAUAAGGCAGAAGACAACAAAGAGAAAUAAACCACCGUGUAUAGACAUUUUUAUACUUCAAAGUUAAUAACUGAUCACCACGUGUUUUUUACUUACUUUUUAAAGGACUUCAUAGAAUUUAUCU